AGAGAAUAGGUUGGGAAAUGUUGACUGUACAGAGCAGACUUCUGCAGGGUACAAUUUAUUCUGCAGCAAACAUCUAUCGCAGUCGGUCUUCGCAUACCACCUAUCGUUCUUCAGUAACUGCCUUUUUACAACGUGCUAGCGUAAAAUAUUUUAGAACAAUGACCACCACCGCACCAGAAGCAGCAAAACGUUUCAAGGACGAUCAUCCGAGUGUGGCAUCUAGCGGGGUGGUGAAAAUCGGAACCCACGAUGGCAUUUUUCACUGCGACGAAGUGUUGGCUUGCUUCAUGCUGCAGCAACUACCGCGGUACGCAUCUGCUCAAAUCAUUCGAACUCGGGAUUUGGCCAAGUUGGACGAAUGUGAUAUAGUUGUGGACGUUGGGGCAACAUUUGACCGGGACCGGCACCGGUACGAUCAUCAUCAAGGAACGUUCAACGAAACAUUUCGAUCGCUUCGCCCGGAACUGAACGUUAAAUGGGACAUUCGGCUCAGUUCGGCCGGGCUCGUCUACACCUUCUUUGGCGAAGAAGUGAUCAGCCAGAUAUUGAAGGAUAAGCUUGGCCUGGAACCGACCGCCGAAUGUUUACAGGCAGUGUACAAAAAGGUGUACGAUGGAUUGAUCAGCGAAAUCGACGCGAUCGACAAUGGUGUGCCGAUGUUCGAGGGUGGCGAGCCGCGGUACAACAUUUCCACGCAUCUCAGUGGACGCGUCGGUGCGUUCAAUUCGCGAUGGGACGAACCUACUCCUGCGCCGGGCUGUUUGGAACGUUUCGAAAAGGCCAAAGCGUACGCGGGGCAGGAAUUUAUCGACAAGGUGACUUACUAUGCGAGCAGUUGGUGGCCUGCUCGCGAUAUCGUAUCGAAAGGGUUGGCCAAUCGACUGGCGUUACACGAGUCGGGUGAAAUCUUCGAACUGGAGAAACCGUGCCCCUGGAAGGAUCAUCUGUACCAGCUGGAACAGGAGCAAGAUCUGGUCGGAAAACCGAAGUACGUCAUAUACCGCAACAAGGAAGACGACUGGCGAGUUAUAUGCGUCCCGGUGCAACCGUCCAGUUUUGUGUGUCGAAAAUUUUUGGCCAAAGCAUGGCUUGGAAUUCGAGACAAGGAUCUAGAGCGUGUCUCAGGGAUUACUGGUGCAAACUUUUGCCAUCAAACCGGGUUCAUUGGUGGGAACAAAACGCGCGAAGGCGCACUGAAAAUGGCAAUAGCCAGCUUAACAGCAUCGGACGAAGCGUGAGUAGAAGCGGGUGACUGUUGAAAAUUUCUCAUGAAAAUACAAGGUAGAAAACGAA